CCAAUAUAAUUUAUCUAUCCAGUAAAUCACACGUGUCGGUAACAUGUACGUGAUAUAUAAUUCCCUGUUACGUAACGCACUUAAACGUACAUAUUUGAGCCGAUAUUCUAAUAUCAAUGUUAUGCUACUGAUACAUGUUUUUACUGGGUAGUAAACGUGAUCGAGCGCUUCGUAUAUAACUGCACGCCAACAGGAAUGUAUUCACAACAUUAAGAUUCGACGUGACGAUAAGGAUGUACGUCGCUUUCGCAGUCGUUCUAUUCGUGCUCGCUGGCGAGUCUGCCAGACUGACUGUUCCAAAUCUUCUUAGUAAAUCACAGACCCAUGUGGCUCAAGUAUUCCGUAAUCUGCACAAUUACACGUCGAACGUUGCGGAAACCUUGCUGCAACCCAACAAUAUCAGCCUGGCGAAUUUUACGUACAACCUGCCCACGAAUGAGUCCCAGUCUAAACUGAUGGAUUGCUUGGGAUUGGGUGAAAAUAUUGCGAAGGUUCUGGAACAGCACUUUAUGAGCGAGCCCAACGGAAGCUACGCGCUGGAUGUACGAUUCUUCAUGUCCACCAGAAAACAGCCACGUCGUGUGGAAGUAGUGCUUGGCGAACAAUUCGGUCUACAGUGGACGGACUUCAAGAUAGAACGACGGACGAUGAUAAUAGUGCACGGUUUUUUGUCGAGUGGCGGAGUUGAUUGGGUCAAGAACAUGGAGAAGACGUGUCUCGAGUGGAAUGACGUAAACGUAGUGGUGAUAGAUUGGAGUGCUGGUAGUAAUACGUUGAAUUAUUACAAGGCGGCGGUCAAUACCAGGAUAGUAGGAUAUCAAAUCUCAAAAUUUAUAGAACAUUUAACGAAUACUACGAUCAACGACAAAGGACCAGAUACAAGUAAUUGGGGCCCUUUGCAUCUGAUAGGACAUAGUCUCGGCGCUCACAUUUGCGGAGUUACCGCGAAGGAAUUGAAGAAGCGAAAUAACAAAUGGCUGGUGCAAAGGAUCACUGGUUUGGAUCCAGCUCAACCCUGUUUCAGGAAUACCGAUCGAUCGAUUCAUCUGGACGCCAAGGACGCUCCAUUCGUUGAUGUGAUACAUACAAACGGGAGGCAUCUUCUAAACUUAGGUCUCGGUCUUCCUGAACCUAUAGGCAGUAUUGAUUUCUAUUUAAACGGUGGUAAAACGCAACCUGGCUGCAAAAAAGACAAAUCGUUAAACAUUAUAUCAUAUUUAACAAUACCCGUCGACGUGAUAGAACAGGCGACAUGUAGUCACGGACGUUCCUACGAAUACUUCACGGAAUCAUUGAUGAUUGCGAAUACAUGCAAUUGCACCUUUUGGGGAUAUCCUUGGGAUUGGACGUCUAAAAAUAUAUCCAACAUAAUCGUAAAUCCGUGCAAUCACGAUACCUGCGCGGAGAUGGGCAUUCGAGCUGAAUUGUACAACAAACGUGGAACAUUUUACGUGGCUACCGCGAGUAGCAGUCCAUUUUGCAUCAACAACACUGACGCCCUCGAGGAAGUGAAAAAGCAAUUGGAACAGGAUUAUUAUGAUGAAACCGAGAAUUGAAAAGUUGCGGCACAACCACUAUUGAUUAGACAAGUUAUUAUAUUUCUAAAUAAAUGCGCUAUCAACUCCA